CUAGCGAGACCAAGUGGCAACUCCGCUCAGCUUUGAACUCACACUCAGUGCGGGCUUUGGUGAGGCUCCGUUCAACUGCAAAUGGAGUUUAUGAAAUUAAUUCUUGUUCUCAGCAUGCUUUGCCUGGCGGAUGGGUACAGCUGCUCUCUUGAGCUGCGGCCCGCACGUGCGGUGGUGGCGUUCGGUGACCCCAUUUCUGUCAGCUGCGUGGCUUCACGCCCAGUACGCGUGUUAGGCUGGGAGGCAGCUGUUGGUGCAGCCAACACACAGCGUGAUCUCACGGUCCAGUGGGGAGUUGACAGCCUUACCGACUGGAUCGAAGAGCCUAUAUGCUACGGGGUUUUCUUCACUGCUCCCAGACAAUGUGAGGAGAAACUCCACCUUGUUCUCUACAAGACUCCUGACAGCGUAUCAAUCAGCUCUCUGAACCAAACGGGCCCAAUGCAGGAGGGGAGACAGUACCAGCUCCAGUGCGAGGUCCACAACAUUGCUCCUGUCCAGUACCUCAACCUCAGGUGGUUUAGAGAGCAGACAGAAGUCUACAAUCACACAUUCUCUGACCUCACACCAGCCUCACCUGUCCAAGUGUCCUCCACCCUCCUGAUUACCCCCCGUAGAGCAGAUGAUGGAGCUCAGUACAGGUGUGUGGCAGAGCUGGACCUGGGACCAGAAGGACCACAACCCCCUCUUAAUAUGACAUCAGAGCCUCUCAGUAUUACUGUGCAGUAUGCCCCCUACUUCCUCAGUCCCAAUGCAGAGAUCAUAGAGGUGAAUAAGGGUGAUGAGGUGACAUUGAACUGCACAGCUCAGGGAAACCCUCCUCCUGUGUACUCCUGGAACAUCUCACACUCUCGGGAGAAGGAAUCAGAUGACCAGGCAGUGUUUAUUUCCUCCUCCUUGUCACCUGGGAUCUACACUUGCACCUCCACCAACCGGCUGGGAAUGAAGAACAAGCAGUUCACCAUCAAGCACAAGUCCAGAGGAGCGUAGUGUUACGUGUAGCAAAGAGCAGAGAAUUUUAAAGAAAUCCUUUCCUGGUGUGAAACUUAAACACGUACCAGAUGUCCCUUGAAAGAAAAGUCCUAUCACACCAGCCUCACUGUGCCUUUAUGUCUGGGAAUUACAUUGGAUUGGUGUUCUUGCAUUUGAAGUUCUGUGCUAAGAAACUGUACCUGGAGGAUUGUUACUGUUGUAGCU